GAUCUUUCUGAAGAAGUAGGGAGAGCAUUCAGUAACACUCAUUCACUCCAAGAAGGACUUGUGCAACUCUGGGAGAACGAUUUAGGCGAAGGAACUGGGCUCUUGAAACAAGAAUGGAGAAAUCUGGACAAUCGGAAGUACCCGGACCCCUACCGGGCACCAGGCAAGUCUCUGUGGAAACCAGUCCCAGUGCCAAGCUGUUCUGCUGCCGUUUUGUGAAGCGCUGGGUACCCCUGGCUUACAGAGAGGAGCUAUACCAAGUCCUGCGCCUGACCGGGCCUCUGCUGGCAUCACGGAUUCUGAACUUCCUGCUCUCGUUCGUCAUCACAAUAUUCUGCGGACACCUGGGAAAUGCUGAACUGGCUGGCUAUGCCUUGGCCUCUGCGACUAUUAAUGUUACUACAGCUGCUACUGGAUGUGGACUAGCGCUCGCAUGUGAUACAUUAGUAGCACAGACGUUUGGGGGGAAGAACCUGAAGCGCGUGGGGGUGAUACUGCAGAGGAGCAUACUAAUCCUGCUGCUUUUCUGCCUGCCCUGCUGGGCCAUUCUCAUCAACACCCAGUCUAUCCUUCUGGCUCUGCAGCAGGAAGCAGAGGUAGCCAGGAUAGCCCAGCUGUAUACGUUUGCAUUCCUGCCUGCCGUUCCCGCUAUGUUCCUGCACCAACUGCAGGUGUCAUACCUCCAGAAUCAGGGGAUUAUUCUGCCUCAGUUAUAUACUGCAGCAGUGGCCAACAUCAUCAAUGUGGCAACUAACUAUCUCCUGAUCUUCUGGAUGGAGCUGGGAGUGAUAGGAUCUGCUGCAGCCAACACUUUGGCUCAGGUCACAAUCUGUCUUCUCCUGUAUGCCUACAUCCGUUGGAAGAAUCUGCAUGAAAAAACUUGGGAAGGCUGGACUACUGCAUCGCUUCAGGAGUGGGGCUCCUACAUGCAGCUGGCCAUCCCCAGUACACUAAUGCUGUGCUUUGAGUGGUGGAUUUAUGAAAUCGGCGGGUUCUUUGCAGGGAUGCUGGGAGAGGUGGAUCUGGCUGCCCAGCAUGUGCUCCUGGAGCUGGGAGCUAUAACAUACAUGUUCCCUUUAGGCAUCCACGCAGCAGCCUGUGUCCGAGUUGGGAACGCACUUGGAGCAGGGAACACGGUCAGAGCCCUUAUGACCUGCAGGGUGACACUUGUCCUUUCAGGUGUGCUAGCAGUAAUUCAGGGCAUCAUUCUUGGCGCUUCUAAAACAGUGAUUGGAUACAUUUUCACUUCUGAUGUGAACAUUGUGGAACUGGUUUCUAGCGUCUUAACAGUGUACAUCUUCCUGCAGUUUUUUGAUGCGCUUGUGUGCGUCUGUUCUGGCAUCCUCCUGGGCUCGGGAAAGCAGAAGAUAGCUGCCAUGGCUAAUCUCAUAUGCUACUACUGCAUGGGACUCCCGCUGGGAAUUGCCUUGAUGUUUGCAGCUGAGUUGAGAAUACUGGGACUCUGGCUGGGCCUUCUGAGUUGUGUCAUUGUACAAAGCUGCUUCUUCAUCACCCUCAUCUUCAAACUAAACUGGCAGCAUAUGACUGAAGAGGCCAUGAAGCGUGCUGGGAAGAAUAACCGUUUGGUGUUUGCGGGGUCAAAGCGGCCAAUUGGAGAGCCUGUGACUGACAUCUUGGUAAUGGAAACCACUGGAACCAUGGAUCAGGCAACAGACAGUGGGGUGACACAGACCGUGAAUGACAAGAACAAGGCGAGCGGUUACUCUCCAGUAAGCACCCAAGAGCAGGGCAGGGCAGCCCUCGUGGGGCCCAGCAGGACACAGGAGGAAGCGGGGGAUGCUGAUGGGCUCGCUGAACCCAAGGCCCUUCUCUCUGUCACCCAGCUGGUCCUGCGGCGGGGCCUGACCAUGCUGGCAGCCAUCUUAAUCCUGGUUGCUGGGGUGGCAGCUCACCUGGGCCUCCCACCUCCAGACAUGCCCCCACAGAGCAACCUCACCCUCAGCUGGAGCAACUCCUCCACCCCAGCCCCACCUCUCAACACGUCCCUGCCGAUGUCAUGAAGACUACAUUUCCCUUGCAAAAGAAGUCCCCCCCUCGCCCCGUCAUUAUGACAUCACAUUUCAUAGGGAAUGUCUAUUCCAGCGAGAGCAGACAUUGUGGAAUAAGCAACACAAUACAACAGAAUAGUUGAUGUGCACAAAGUGACACAUAGCUUCCAGCAUUGUACAAAAUGAACUUGAGUUUUAUCUUAGGAAAAUACUAAUAUUGAAAUUAAUUUGAUGUACCAUGUGACAGAAGGAGCAUGAAUAAUGAAUUAAAAGGCAAAUAUAUUGCUCAAUAGUUAGCUUGCGGUUAUGAGCUAGCUAGCCAACCAUGAAUCAUAGCCAUCUCAUUUUCAGAUUUGUCUAGUUUAAAAAAUCCGACAGUGUGAUUGUAGACUUACCUAAAAUACCAGGUACACAACAAUGUCAGUUUUUUAUGAUUUUUCAUUUGUCUGCACAAUUAGUUCAAUUUAAAUAUUUGUUGUGGUUAGGAUAAGGAAUGUAUAAUAGUGGGCUGAACAUAGUUGUUCAACUUACACUUAGAUUAUCAAAUUAUAGGCCUACGGUGCUUUGCAUUUACUGUACCUUCUUGCACACGUUUAUAUUUUGCUGCCUCAUAGCAAGUUGCUUGCAGUAAUAAUACAGCCGUUAAUAUUUCUGAUUCGCACAAUAUACUCCUCAAUGUAUUCAAAGCAGGACCCCUCAGUCCAGUAGUGAAAUUCAGACAAAGAUGACACCAUUAACAAACUAAAACUGGGGCAGAGUUAUAGAACAAGGGUCUAAAUGCAGUGUGGAAGUCUUAAGGACCCUAUCAACAAGAACUGAUUGUUUAUCAAAAGGCUAAUACAAUUUUGAUGCUCUGGUUAUACUUCGUAUUCUAUUGACUAUUGUUAAGAGUCGUUUGUGGGAUUGGAUGAUUGAACUCUUUAUCAGUAACAAGGAACAAACUAGACAUAUUGCUAAUUGUAUGCUUUAUUCAUUGAACAGUCAGGAGCCUCAGUGGUGGGUGGAAGAACCAUACACAGCCACAACAGCCUGGCACCUCCUCCUCAAGCUGGUCAGCAGCCUGGUCAGCAGCCUGGUCACGCGGUGCCAUUCAAAAUGCAUCCAAUCCCCCAAGCAACUCAAAACAAUAGUCAAAAUCAACAGGAGAAUACACUGUUUGACAUUGGCUUGGACAUUUGGCACAUUUCACUUGGGACCCCACCCACAUAAUCAGCUGUGCUGCUCAUCCCACAAAUACAUUAUCCUUACAAAUAAGACAUCAUUGUUAAGGGAAAUGAACAGGCAAUACAAGAAACAGUGCUAAUAAUACAGUGACAACAGAGAUAUGAUCGAGAUUUGGUCAUGUUAGAUAUUUGCACGUUGAGCUUUAGGAACACACAUUUGUUAACAUUUGAAUGGAAUAAAGGAUGUGAUAACGAAUAGAGAAGUGCUCACUUUAUGGUGAACAAACUAGAUAUUCACAUAGCUUCCCACUUCAUAUGAGGGUUUUGGAAAUGUGUUUAAAUUUUGGUUUGUAUUCUCGAAUAUGGAGUGUAAUUUAUCAAGGAGUAAUCAGGACUUUUCUCAGACAGUUGGUCCUCACUAUUUGUCUGCCACGGAAUAUCCUUUGAGCAAAAUGAAGUUAAUUAUUAAGAAGUAGAUGCAUUGUACCAGCUGGAAGUACUGUUACUCAAAAACAAGAAAAGCAGUAUAGCUCCAAGCGAUUAGAACUCUGCUGUACAGGUGAAAGAGCAAAAUUGUGUUUAUUCUCUUAGGAUUAAACUAUUGCCAAUUUCAACCACAAGAAUGCCAACUGUCCACUUCUGUCUUUGUGCCAGUAUUAAAGGUAUUUGCAAGACUUCACCACCAGACAGGAUGAGAGUAAUUAUCAGAACAAAAAUAAAUAAAAUCAGGAAAAAACCACAUAAUAGGCCUUAAUUUAACUUACUGUAAUACAGUAUUUACUGUUAAAACAAUUGUGAUUUCCUGUACAAAUAAAAUAUUU